GAGCGCGUGUAUAACGGUCUGAAGAGCCGGGGUGCACGAUGGCCAGCUCGGGCAUUCAGCUCCUGGGGUUCCUCCUCUCUCUGGUCGGUGUCGCUGCCACGGUCGCCGCCACCCUCAUGGUGGAAUGGAAGAAGCAGUCGCAGGGAAAGGCGCACAGAGUGUAUGAGGGUCUGUGGAUGAGCUGCAGCGGCAACGAGAGAACAACAUGUGAAUUCCACGAGUAUCUCCUGAAGCUGCCCGCUGAGGUGCAGGCGGCCAGGGCGGUGAUGCUGCUCAGCAUCCUCCUCUCUGCUGUGGCCCUGAUGGUCUCCACUGUGGGGAUGAAGUGCACUCGCUUCAUGGAUGAAAAGGCCGAGAGCAAAUCUAUUACAGCCAUGAUCGGAGGAAUCAUGUUCAUGGUCUCAGGUUUAGUGACUGUGAUUAUCACCUCCUGGUACGUUAAAAUGAUCGUUCAGAACUUCCAUUCAUCCAAUCACCUGCAAAGCUUUGAGUUUGGGAAGGCAGUGUUUGUCAGCUGGGCCGGUGGCCUCCUCACUAUUGCCGGUGGCACUUUCCUGAGCUGUCGUCGAUGCUCACGGUCUGAAUCCCCUGAGUCCACAAACUCCAACCACUUCCUGUCCACCACUAAGUCCAAGUCCAACUACGUGUAGUCGGGAGGUGACACAGUCCAUUCAGAGGACAACUUGAUUGUUGUAAAUAUACGACCUACAUCCAGCCAGUCAUUG